AUGCACCAACCGCCACCCAACUCGGCCACAGCCCCCAACGCGCCGCCGCAAAUCAGCGUGAACGGAACCCAACUGCAAGUGGUGGAGAACUUCCCGUACCUGGGCAGUACUCUCUCCCGCAACACCAAGAUCGACGAUGAAGUCGCCAACGGGAUCUCGAAAGCCAGUCAAGCCUUCGGUCGCCUCCACAGCACAGUUUGGAAUCGCCACGGUCUUCAGCUGAGCACGAAGCUGAAGAUGUACAAGGCCGUCAUCCUGCCGACACUACUGUAUGGAGCGGAGACUUGGACGUUGUACGCAAAGCAGGUACGUCGUCUGAACCACUUCCACCUCAGUUGUCUUCGUCGCAUCCUGAGGCUGAACUGGCAAGAUCGAAUCCCCGACACUGAUGUGCUGGAACGGACGGGAAUCCUCAGCAUCUACUCCAUGUUGAGACAAAUGCAGCUGCGCUGGAGCGGCCACCUGAUGCGUAUGGACGACGAGCGACUACCCAAACGACUCUUCUACGGAGACGUCGCGACGGGUUCUCGCCGUCAAGGAGGCCAGAUUCGCCGUUACAAGGAUACCCUGAAGUCCUCCCUGAAACGCCUGUAA